AUGGCUCCUCUUAGCUGCACCGACGUUGGCUCUCGACUCACCAUGGCCAAAGUCAGCUGCUGGGUCUUGGCUGUCACGGCCGUCGUCGUUCUCUCCUGCGCUCAGUGCGAGGAGACCACUGCCCAUCCUGAACCCAUUAUACUGUACCGAGACGUCGAUGGCACAACUGAUCAUCCUGAACCAAUCAUAUUGUAUAAGGACGUCGAUGGCACAACUGAUCAUCCUGAACCAAUCAUAUUGUAUAAGGGCAAAUCCGUCAACAUUCUUACUGGAAAUAAUUCUGUCGAAAUAAACAGAGAUGGACUGCCAAAGGCCUUCGUUUCACUGCACGAGUUCGAGGUAACCAAUCCUGAUAGCGUGCCUGAGGGCGAGCUGUUUGAGAAGGACAUCCUGCUGACACCUCGCCAGUGGCAGGAGAUGAAGGAGAGGAAAGCCAUUACCGAUGCGCGCUACCGUUGGCAAAUUCCCGUGCUUUAUACUUUCGCUGACAGCAACGUAAACAGAGCCGUGUGCCGGGAAGCAAUGGACCACUGGACAGAGCACACUUGCCUUAGCUUCAAGGAAACCAGCGACUUGUCGAUUCCUCACUUGAAGUUCAAGAAGCUCACCGGUUGCUACUCCUACCUCGGCCGGCUGUGGUGGCAGAGUGGCCAAGACAUUUCCAUCGGGGAAAACUGCGACACGCUUGGCAUCGUCGCCCAUGAGAUCGGGCACGCCAUGGGCUUCUUCCACGAGCAGUCCCGCCCUGACCGAGACUCCUACGUCCGAAUCAACGAGGAGAACAUCAUUACAGACAGGUUAUCUCAGUUCGAAAAACAGACCACAUACAUCGACACCUAUUCCUUGCCUUAUGACUACAGCUCCGUUAUGCAUUAUGGUUCCAAGUACUUCACCAAGAAUGGCAAGUUCACCAUCUCUACCUUGGACCCCUUCGCGCAGGAAAUCAUAGGAUCUCGCACAGGCCUUUCUCACUACGACAAGUUACUUGCCAACCGCAUGUACUCUUGCAUAGACAAGUGGAUGACACAGUGCGGACUCAGCAGCGACCCGUGCCAGAACUAUGGGUACACCGGCAAAGACUGUUCCUGCGUGUGCCCACCUGGAACCUCGGGCACCAACUGUGAGAUCACCACUGCAGGAUACUAUGACGACAAGCUGUCCUCAUGCACCGAGGAAGUCACGACAGAGAAAACGAUCACCUCGCCUAACUAUCCUAACAAUUACGACUCCGGCGUCAAAUGCACCAAGAAGAUCAUUGCCCCCGAGUGCUACUCCCCGCGGGUGACCUUCCGUUCCUUCAGGCUGUACGGCCGCAGCACCUGCAGCGACGGGUCCUCCUGCUGCUACUACGACGGGCUCAGAGUGACCUUCACCAGCCUCGGCACCGCCGAAUGGUUCUGCGGCCAAGACAUUGCCUCGGGCCGAUUCUUCCAGGCGGCCGGCCAGGAGCUGUUCUUGUACUUCGAGACAAGGACCAACUUCUACUCGGGAUGGACAGCAGACGUCACCUUCGUUCCCAAGUCUGGAUGCACCCCUACGGCUACUACGACUACUCCGGCAACGACCACAACUACAACAACGACAACAACUCCUACGACAACUACUACAACAACAACUACUACUACUACCACUACCACUACCACCACCACUACCACCACCACCACUACUACUACUACUACUACUACUACUACUACUCCAACAACAACUCCAACAACAACGGCAACGUCUGUUGCAACGACUACAGCAGCGCAGGCCGUCUGCCAGCUGCGAGCAGUCGAGAAUGGCUACGAAUGGACUUCCCCCAAUUUCGGUGUACAGAAUUAUCCCAGUGACUUUACCUGCAACGUUAGGGGGAAUGCGAAUACACCCACGUCAGCACGGUUCAUCUUCAAUGCCUUCGAACUGCAACCGAAGACAAAAACCGGCUGUAAAGAUUUCGUGGAGUUUGACCUUCCAUACAGCAGAAAGAAAAGAUUGUGUGGUUCCCGAACCGGAUUAUUUAAGGUACCAAAUUACAAGUUUGACAUGCAGUUCCGUAGCAACUCCGCUGUCACCGCCCCGGGAUACAACAUAACCAUCACGGAUAAACAGACGUCGUGUCACAUGAAAAUUGUGACCGGAAGCCUUGGUGACACGGGCGUCAUCCGUACCCCGCGUUACCCGAAGCGCCACUUGAGCAACGCCGUCUGCGAGUGGUGGAUCCUUGCCCCGAAUGGCUACAGGGUCAGACUCGACUUCAUCAACCAUUCGACUCGCUGGACCAAGAACUGUCAAGGGAACUACCUGGUCGUCGACACGAGCGGAACCAGGUCAUACGCCCGAGAAAACAGCCGUAUCUUCUGCGGAAGUAAUACCCCAGCGCCUCUCACCUCCGCCGCAAAUGAAAUCGAUCUCGUCUACAUGGGGAAGCGUCGUAGCCAAGGUUUCAAGAUCCGCUACACUGUCGUCUAACAUGCCUUACACGAGAGAUUUACAUUAAUUCAAUUGUAUCCCUGAGUAGUCAGGAUUUUUGGUAAGGAAAAAAAAUAUCUGUGGUUCGGGGAGUAUCAUGGAAUUAAAAAGCAUUAAUCA